AUGGUAUCGAAAUUAGUCAUGUUUAUGGACUCAAAAGGAUUUGAGCACCGCAUUAAUGUCCUUUACUUUGUCUAUGACUUCACCUCCACUAUCAAGCCAUCUGUCGAUGCUGCUCCGACAAUUGAGAAAGACAAAGCCAAUUCUCUUAUGUUCCUCAAGGGGCACAUCGAUCCUAACCUGCGUUGGGGUUAUCAUCACUUGAAGACACCAAAAGAGCUAUGGGAUGCUCUCGAUAGCCGUUUUGGGAACAUUUAUGAUUCCUUAAUACCACAAUUGAACGUCUUGUGGAACGAAAUCCGCUUUCUCGAUUAUAUAAAAGUGAAUGAUUUCCAAAAAGACAUGCUGCAAAUUCAGGCACGUAUGGACUUUUGUGGAAAGAAACUUACUGAUGAGAAAAUGAUUCAGAAAACCCUAUCGUCCUUUCCUACCUCGUCCAUGAUACUAGCGAAUCAAUAUCGUUUGGAGGUUGACAACAAAAGAAUCACCACAUUCAGUAGGUUGAUAAACUUACUGCAAGUGGCCGAAAGGCACAAUGAGAUUCUUGUCAACAACAAUGCCAGAGCUGUCGGGAAAAAGAAAGUUCCCGAAGCUAACCAUGGAAAGGUCAACAAAGGGAAGGGCCCCAAAGGAAAGAGGUCUCGACAUUCUGAUUCACAUUGCCAUGAUCCAUACCCACGUAGAGAUAACACCACUCGUGGAAUAGGACGUAAGGGACAUAAUCGAGGUCGAGGGAGAAAUGGUCAUUCUCAUAUUUGGCAUAGAGAAGGAACUUCUGGCCAUAGUGGUAGUGAUCCUAAGUUCGAGAAAACCCCUAUGAAUCCCGCCACUAAAAAGGCUGCAGAUGGAAGUGCGCCUUGUUUUAAGUAUGGAUUCACCGGACAUUGGUACAAGCAUUGCAAGGCUAGCACCAACGUAGAUGCGAGCUACGAAAAGUACCGGGAAGCUAUCGGAUAA